AUGAAUGUGACAUUUGGAACCUUACCCAAUGAUGCAGAGAUCGUAAACACUAUUAUGAAAGCUAAUGCCACUCUCAAUAUCACCACAGUAACACGGACCUCACCACAACUACCAAAGCCACUACAACCACAACUACAACCACACCUAAUACAACAGCAUCAACAACCACCCCAACAUCUACAGCCAAUCACAAUACAACAGCAUCAACAACCACCACAACAUCUACAGCCAAUCCUAAUACAACAGCAUCAACAACCACCACAACAUCUACAGCCAAUCCUAAUACAACAGCAUCAACAACCACCACAACAUCUACAGCCAAUCACAAUACAACAGCAUCAACAACCACCACAACAUCUACAGCCAAUCCUAAUACAACAGCAUCAACAACCACCACAACAUCUACAGCCAAUCCUAAUACAACAGCAUCAACAACCACCACAACAUCUACAGCCACACCUAAUACAACAGCAUCAACAACCACCACAACAUCUACAGCCAAUCACAAUACAACAGCAUCAACAACCACCACAACAUCUACAGCCAAUCCUAAUACAACAGCAUCAACAACCACCCCAACAUCUACAGCCAAUCACAAUACAACAGCAUCAACAACCACCACAACAUCUACAGCCAAUCCUAAUACAACAGCAUCAACAACCACCACAACAUCUACAGCCAAUCCUAAUACAACAGCAUCAACAACCACCACAACAUCUACAGCCAAUCACAAUACAACAGCAUCAACAACCACCACAACAUCUACAGCCAAUCCUAAUACAACAGCAUCAACAACCACCACAACAUCUACAGCCAAUCCUAAUACAACAGCAUCAACAACCACCACAACAUCUACAGCCAAUCCUAAUACAACAGCAUCAACAACCACCACAACAUCUACAGCCAAUCACAAUACAACAGCAUCAACAACCACCACAACAUCUACAGCCAAUCCUAAUACAACAGCAUCAACAACCACCACAACAUCUACAGCCACACCUAAUACAACAGCAUCAACAACCACCACAACAUCUACAGCCAAUCCUAAUACAACAGCAUCAACAACCACCACAACAUCUACAGCCAAUCCUAAUACAACAGCAUCAACAACCACCACAACAUCUACAGCCAAUCCUAAUACAACAGCAGCUGCAAACACAACCACAUCAUCUACUACCAACCCUAAAACAACAGCAUCAACAACAACCACAUCUAGAG